AUAUUCGACAGGGUGGGGGAGUUUGCUCUCCAUGAAGAAUAUAUAAAUCGUAGGUAGGGCUGAAAUUCCGGUUAGUACAGAUAGUUUCCCAAGCCUAUCGCGAAGCUGUGAUCACACUAUGCAGGUUUACGCCACGUUGCUUGCCUUCGCUGUAAUCCUGGUCGUAUCGAUAGAGUCGAAACCAAUCGGACUAAACUUGUACGUCAACGAUCAUCAAAACCCUUCUGAAGUCAUCAGCGUAUAUCCGCAACUUCUGCAAUACCAGAACUCUCCGUUUUACUAUCAAAAUGUUCCCGUAGAUGUGAAUGGUAUCCCAGCCGCUGUCGUCGCUUAUGGAAGGCCUUCGGUCUCCCAUUUGCCUGCUUAUAACAUUUAUUAUAGCACCCCUGUACAUGACUUCCGAUUUCCAUUGAAUCCGGUGUAUCCACUGUUGAAACCUAUUCAACCGGGAGAACCGCCUAAACCAAGCCCACCGUCGACAACCACUAUGAAACCAGAGGAUGAAAGCAACGAGGACGGCAUCGAAAAAUUGGACACGAAGGUUGAACCAGAAAAAGAAAUGAAGAAAUCGAACGAGAGCGGGGAAGACAUCGACGAUGACAGCAUUACCAUUGAAUCGAUAUAAACUGCCGUGUAUUACGUUUCACGCUUCGUGCUAAUUAAAUAAAAUAUUUACACCUUUA